AUGUCUUCGGCCGGUGAUAGUAUCCCGUGGUUUCAGUGGCCAAUCAUAUACGACAUUCGUUCGCGUCCGCGGAAGAUCUCAUCGCCCACCGGAAGCAAAGACCUACAGAUGGUUAACAUAACCCUCCGAGUGUUGGCGCGUCCGGACGCCUCCCAAUUGCCACACAUUUAUCGGGUCUUAGGUCUCGAUUACGACGAACGGGUUUUGCCGUCGAUUUGCAACGAAGUGCUCAAGAGUGUUGUGGCGAAGUUCAACGCCUCUCAGCUGAUCACUCAGAGACAACAGGUCUCGCUUCUGGUGCGCAAAGAACUCAUCGAUAGGGCGCACGACUUCAACAUCAUUUUAGACGACGUCUCUCUCACUGAACUCAGUUUCAGCAAAGAGUAUGCGGCGGCCGUCGAGUCCAAGCAAGUGGCCCAACAGGAGGCCCAGAGGGCGGCCUUCACUGUGGAGCAGGCGAAGCAGGAAAGGCAGCAGAAGAUCGUUCAGGCGGAG